GCGCCUGCGCGAGGCACAGGAUUCCGAGUUACGCCUGAUGGUGGGAGGUAGUAACCCUCCGUUCUCUUCCGCGGGCGGGAGAGUUAGAUAGCCACUCAAGAAAACACCAUGAAAGAUACUGACAUCAAGAGACUACUGUAUGUCCAUCUAUUAUGCAUAUUUUCAAUUAUCCUAAGCAUCUUCAUUCCAUCAUUCUUCUUGGAGAACUUCUCAGUACUGGAAACACACUUGACAUGGUUGUGCAUCUGUUCUGUUUCUGUAACUGCCGUCAAUUUAGUAUUGUAUUUAGUAGUGAAACCAAAUGCAUCCUCUAAAAGAAGUUCAUUAUCAUACAAGGUAACCAGAUUUUUGAAAUGCUGUAUCUACUUUCUUAUGUCUUGUUUCUCCUUUCAUGUAAUUUUUGUUCUAUAUGGAGCACCACUAAUAGAGUUGGCGUUGGAAACAUUUUUACUCGCAGUUACUUUGUCCACUUUUACUACUGUACCUUGUUUAUGUUUGUUAGGACCAAACUUCAAAGCAUGGCUAAGAGUUUUCAGUAGAAAUGGGGUUACAUCCAUUUGGGAGAAUAGUCUCCAGAUCACUACAGUUUCUAGUUUUGUAGGAACAUGGCUUGGAGCCUUUCCUAUUCCACUCGAUUGGGGAAGACCAUGGCAGUGCAGAUGCUCACAGUUGGCCGAUGAUGCGGAGAUCCACCACAUGAGAAACAGAGGAAAGAAUAUUAUCCCAAGUGUUUACAUAGAGUGUUAAAUAAAAACUACUAAGGUAAGGUCAGUGCUUUACAUAGAUAGUAAACUAUGCAUAUUAUUUUAUUUGUAACCCCAUGUGUUAAGAUGGGACACUAUUAAAGCAACAAUCACUUAAAAAGCAACAACCAACAAACCAGUAUUUAAUUUGGUACUUAAAAUUAAUAAUUAAAACCAAAUGGAAGCAAUGCCUAAAGUAACUAAGAUAAUUCACAAUAAAAACCAUUAGUGCAGGCUCUACUUAUUGGAAAUAUGAUAAUUCAACAUAGGCUAACCUAAAAUGUACCUUUAGAGAUAGAAUAAGGAUAUAAGCAAAAUAUUAAAUAAGAUUUCAGGAAGCCCCUAAAAUUAUUUUUAAGAACUUCAGAACUGAUUACCUAUAUGCAAAAAAAUAUUAACUAUAAGUUUAAGUUCAUUCAUACAUGACCUUAUUUGAAGCAGUGUAUGUUCAUUCACUAGCAAAAUUCAUGUCAGUAAGAUAUUUUGAAGUAUUUUAUUGUCCAGAUUAUUUCACUACUUGAACUAGUUGUUCCGUGAUUAGCCUGAAUUUCAAUGGAAACCUAAGUCUUAAAUGAAGACAUGCUUCUGAAAAUAAGGCAACUUUUCUACAACCUGUUUAUGAACAGAAAAAAAAAUCUUUGGUUUUAGUUAAACUAGCAGGAAGGAUUUUGCAAAAAAGAAAUACUAAAGAACCAAACAACGAAAAGGCUCUUAAUAAGCAAUGGGAAACUCCAAACCCCAUCAAGGUCAAUAGAGUACCUAAGGCACCUCAGGUUCAGAUGAUACAAUCAUCUUGCUUAGAGUUCUAAUAAUCUAUAUACAGGAUUUUACCAUCUUAAGAACAUGAAGCCGAAAAGGUAAUGUCCAACAAUGAUUAUUUUAAGAAAGAAGAAAAUCCUAAGAGUUGAUAAAUGGGAGAGAUUAGAGAUCAUCUCCUCUACCUCCCAGAUGAGGAAAAUGAGGCCCAGUCAAGAAACAGAGGUGACACCAGAGUUUGUGUUUCCAGACUCCUAGUCCAUUUCUCUUAGGGCAGGACAAAUUCUAGAUUUUAACUUUAUUGGCUAGGAAACCAAGUGUGAAGAGUUUCAGAGAUGUGAAUUUGAGGAAGAAAAAAAAAAAAUUCCCAUCAAAUCCCCAAAGGCAAGUUGGAAAUAAAUGUAUAAUACUUUACUGUCUUAAUUCCUUUAUACCAUGUGUUGGACAACUUAGCUAAUAUACUAAUUGAGUUAUACAGUUCUUUUCAAUUCUAUCUAAAAAUAGCAGACCAAAAUUAAAUGAGAAAGUUACAUCAGAUUCCACUUGAGCAUACAUAAGGCCAUGGUACUUAAUGCGAACCACCACUUCUUGGGAGAAAGAAGACAUCCACUGUCCAAUUCAGGAGAGAAAGCUCCUGACCAGUUAUCCAGUAGACUCUCUGCACGUCAAUGGGGAAGAUGAUGCUUAUUAUUUUUUAAAAAAUCUCUACAAAGCUCACAUACAAGACAGUACAUCCUAGAUUUGUGACUGCUAUGAGCAUUUAAGGCUGUCAUUUUCAAGUAUCAAAGUUUAGUGUUCCAUUACCCAAUCUGUGCAAUAGACAUAGCUAUAAGCUCAAGUCAUGGAAAUUAACAGAAGCUCACCAAAGACAUAAAGAAAUCAUAAUUUAGGCAACAGCAUUUUUAAAUGUAGGAAAGGCUGGGAAAAAUUUUAUGGAUUAGAUUAUGCUUCUCUGAACUGCAUUAGUUUGUUCACACUGAAACUUUGUCUAACACUGUUGUCUGUUGCAUGGCAUUUGGAAUAAGGUAGAUCAACAGCAGACCAAACAAGAAAGCUUAAUUAGGUAACAGAACUAGUCAUUAAGAUGGUUCACCUCUACCACAGUUAUACGGCCUGUUUCCCUAGAGAAAGAUUAGAAAUGGCUCCAGUAUACCAAAUAAGAUUCAUAGAUAAACAUGAGAAAAUUUUUUUAAAGCAGGACCUUUCAAAAUCUAGGGACUACCAUGCACUGCUCGAGGAUGAAAUAAGUCAACGUUAUUUACUUCUGGCUUGAUGUAAUACUGUGAAACGUAAUAUGGCUGGAGAAAAUGGGUAUUUGGAAGCCAGUAUGUCAUUUAACUUAUACUCUAGGUGUGUACAUAAGCUGUAGUUCUGUAACUUCUACUGCGGUUCCAAUAUCUAUAUCUGAAAGGUGAAAUCAGUUUUAUUAUGAAAGCAGUUGCUUUGUUAUAAAUUCCACGUAACAUGCUUGAAUUGAAGGUCUUUUCUCUUUAACACAAUUUAAAGUUUCUUGUGGUUUGGUCAGCAUACACCCUUUUCGUUUCAUUUGAUAUACAAGCCAAUGUGGAAAUUAGAAAAACAAAAUUACCAACUAGUUCAGAGAGCUAAAUUGAGUCCAGGAUUAUGGCAAAGUCUGACCCAAAGUUUUAAUUUGUAAUUUCAGCAUGUUUCUCAUGCAGUUUGGGGAGCAUCAAACUAAAUCUACAAUCGCCAGAAACCUUUGUUACAGUUGAAUGCACAUUAACUAAAAUGUGUACAUUUUUAGUGUUCAUGAUAAAUGCAGAUAUGACCUUAUUACACUUUUGGCAUUCUUUAAGAAAGCACAUUAAGCUUUAAUAUAGAAAUAUUUAGGUUACACUUGUGCUCAAGUAAUAAUAAAGCAUUUGUUCUUUUUGAUCUCAUACAUUCUCUCCUCAGGAAUGGCCCAUCUCCUGCACGCUUGGAGCAACCUUUGGCUACGUGGCUGGCCUUGUUACUUCACCACUCUGGAUAUACUGGAAUAGAAAGAAACUUACAUACAAGAACAAUUAAUUGGAGCAAAGGGAGAAGAUAUUUCUUUGUGCAGAUUCCAUAAAGACUGUGCAGACAUGUAUAUGGUCUAAGCCAGGCAGUUCCACUUAACAGCACUGUUUUUUAUGUAGUUACAACAUGAUGUGAUUGUAGCUUUUUAAACUAUGAAACCCCUGAGAGAUUGUACCUUCUAGUUGAAAUAAAGUAUUUAUAAUAGAUUGUGGCUUCAGAUGCUGUUUGUUGCUUCUUGGACCUUUAAGAAACAUUCUUAAUCAACUUUAUAGAAUUCUGAGGACAGGGUUUGUUUUUUUUUUUUCCUUUCAAGUUUUAAACUGCUUCAUUAUUUAUAAGAGGUCUGGGUAUAGCUU